AUGUGGUUGGAUGAUAAAUCUUGUUUUGAUACAGUGCACAUUGGUUGGAACCAACAAGUUACUGGCUCUCCCUCUUUAAAACACCACUCCAGAAUUCAAAAUGUGAAAAAUGCUCUAAAGCUCUGGAAUACCAAUCAUUUUAGAAAUUGCCAUAAAAAAAUAAAGGAGCUGAAAAUUCAUAUUGAAUCUGUCCAAAAUUUGGAUAAAUCUGCAAACAAUAUAGCUAUUGAUGCAGCUCUCCAGGUUGAACUUGAUAUAUGGCUGGCUAGAGUUGAAACAUUUUGGUGGCAAAGAUCGAAGGACAAAUGGCUCAAAGACGGAGAUGCCAAUACCAAGUAUUUUCAUUUAUCUACAAUUUUGCAUGCUAGAAAUAAUAGAAUUUCAUCCAUCAAAAGCAUGAAUAAUAUGAUUUUCUUUGAAAGAAAUAGCAUUGGAAAUUGUUUUGUGAAAUUUUAUUCUGAUCUUUUCACUUCUGAUUUUAAUCCAAACCACCCCCCUUUCCCUGCUGAUCUGGAGAAUCUUUUUCCCUCCAUUUUGAAUAAUAAUGAUAAUAUUGAUCUUUGUGAGAUUCAUUCCCAUGCUCUUAUAAAAAAAAUCCUCUUCUUCUUUGCCACAAACAAGAGCCCAGGCCCUGAUGGUCUCCCUCCCACCUUCUUCAAAAAUUUUUGGAAAACCACAAAAAAGGCUUUGAUUGAAGCUAUUCAACACUUUUUCAAAACUGGCCAUUUGCUCAAAGCUCUAAAUUGCACCUUCAUUGCUCUUAUACCAAAAGGCAAAAAAGCCUCUAGAGUUGAUCAACUCAGGCCAAUUAGUUUAUGUAACGUUACUUACAAAACUAUUUCAAAAAUCCUUGCUUGCAGGCUUAAAAGUCAUCUUAAUAGAUUCAUCUCCCCUUUCCAAAUGGCUUUUGUUUUGGGUAGGAAUAUCCAUGACAACAUUAUUAUAUCUCAUGAAGUCAUGCACUACCUUCACCACAAAAGUGGUUCCAAAGGUUUCAUGGCUAUCAAAAUUGAUCUUACAAAAGCAUUUGACAAAGUUGAGUGGAGUCUUGUCUUGAAAAUUCUUAAUCUUCUUGGUUUCUCUAAUCAGUUUGUUAAUUUGAUUCAGGAAUGCAUCUCUUCUCCUAGUUUCUCUUUUUUGAUUAAUGGCUCUCCAUUUGGCAAUCUUAGGCCUUCAAGAGGAAUCAGACAGGGCGAUCCAAUUUCCCCUUUUCUGUUUGUUAUUUAUAUUGAGCUUCUAUCUAGAAUGCUUGCUAAAGAAGAACAGGCAACCACUGAAGAUGCUCUUUGCAUUAAAAAUGUUCUGGAAAAAUUCUCUAUUUGCCUUGGCUUCAAGGAGUGCAACCACAAAGCCAAACACUUAGGUCUCCCUUUCUGCCAUCCAAAGUCCAGGAAAGAUUCUUUUACUGAUGUUUUUGAUAAAAUUUCAUCAAAUCUGAGUGGUUGGAAAUCAAAAAACCUUUCCCAAGCUAGUAGAACAAUUCUCCUCAAAGCUGUUGCUCAAGCCAUCCCUUCUUACACCAUGUCAGUCUCGUUAAUCCCCAAGGGAAUCUGCAAUAUGAUGGAUGCAAAGCUUCGAAAAUUCUGGUGGGGGGAAAAUUGUAAUGAGAACUCCUUAAUGCUGAAAACCUGGGACUCUAUUUGUUCUCCCAAAUCAAGUGGUGGCCUUGGCUUUAGAAGAAUGUUUGAUCUUAACAAAGCCCUUUUCUCAAAAAUCACUUGGAACGUGGCUGCCAACAGUGACAAGUUGUGGGUUCUCUCUAGGAAAGCGAACCAGAGUGCUAAUACCCAUUGGAAAAGUCAAAUCACCUCCCACACCAGUACUAAAUCUUCACCCAACCUUUCAUGGAUUCCUCCUCCUUUUGAUUGGCUAAAGAUUAAUAAUGAUUCUUCAUUUGAUGAUGGGAUUGCACACUCUAGCUGCAUUAUCCGAAACUCCAACGGCUCCAUUUUGCUUGCCCACUCUACAGCUCAUGUCUGUCUUGAAGCCCUUGCAGCCGAAGCUCUUGCAGUUUUGGAAGCUUGCAAAAUCCUUAGCUCUGCAAGAAUUAAAAAUGCUAUUUUUGAAGCUGACUCCCUCGACGCCAUCUCCUUCAUUGUUAGUGACUCUUGCCCCGUGCAUUGGACUGCUAAGGUGGUAAUCGAGGAAAUCAAAAAGUUCAGUGGAUUAUGGCCGAAAUGGCGCUUUAAAUAUGGUAGCCGUAAUUCAAAUUUUGUUGCCCAUUCUCUUGCUAAAUGGGUUUGUUGCUCUAAUUGGGAUGGGAUUGUUCCUCCUGAUCUUAUCCCCCUGGUUUGUUUUGGUGAUGGGGGACACCCUCUUGUAGACUCGUUUAUUUCCUGUCCUUAA